AUGAAACAAACUGGAGUGACUGUUGUUCUGCAAGGGCAAGGUUCUGGAGGACCUGCUGGGCAGGAACCACUGCACAUGCUCCUCACCAGCACAAACAGCCAGAGGCUUGAAGAGGCCAAAAGCUUGGCUGGAAACCUCAUAGACACUGUCAGGACUGAGUACUACCGCCGCUACCCUGCUCCCCCUGCAGCUUUAGUGAGGCCUCCAGCCACUCUGCCACCAUAUCCUCUGCCUGCUGCCCCGCAGCCUCCGAUGCCUCCAACUGCAGCGACAGUCUCAUACCCCACAAUCCCACCCUACCCACAGGCGCCAGCGUAUGCCCGGCCUCCCCAGCCGCCUCGUCCUCCCUACUUCAACGCUGGCCAUCAGUACUACACCCAACCCCCCUUGCCAGCUUCUCAGCCAGGACCACCGCCUGCCCCCAUGCCAGCAGUGCCUCCAGGGCGGCCUCCAUAUCCCCAACCAUAUGGGCACCCGCCGGGCAAUUCGGCCAGUACCUAUGCGCAGGUGCCGCAACAGGGUCCACCAGGUGGAGCAUACGCCUACCCAGCACAGCAGCCUCUGCAAACUUCAGUUGCCAUGGCGAACCCUUCGCCACAGCCAGCUCAACCAAGUGCUGGUACAGGUGGCAGCUUAGGCAAGCGCAGGUUCAGGGAGUUCGCAGGGCAGGCGGCCACAAGCCAGGCGGAAAGUGCCAAUACCCUUGCCGCAUCAAGCGCCCCCGCCAGGAUGCCACAGCCCCCGGCUCCACCCGUGCCUCCGCCUCUCCCCCCACUCCCGCCUGACACUGCAGAUGCGCACCAGGUCACAGCCAGCCAAGGCUGGGCACCGCCUGUCCCUCCGCCACUGCCGCAAACUCCCCACGUGCUGCCACCAGGUCCCUCUAACAAUUAUGCAGGUGAUUCAGGUACAUGUGCCGGGUUGGUUGAUUAUGAUGGAGAGGACUGA